AUGACGAUGAUUUCUUAUUCUUCUUCCGCGACGAGUUUUGCUGCGAGGAAUGCGAAGAGCCACGUGGCGUCGUCGUCAUCUUUUUCUUCCUUUUCCUUCGCAUCAUCGAGGCGCAGAAGCACGAUGAUGAUGAUUUCGAACGACGAGAACGAGAAGAAGAACAAUACGAACGCGACGAUGACGACGAAGAAAACGACGAAGAAAAAGAACGGGUUCAGAUGUUUCGCGUCGCGAGGAGGAGGAGAAGUCUCGGUGUGCGACGAGGAGGAGGAGAACGCAUCGAAAGAAGUGACUUCCUCUUUGAACAACAGCUCGGUCGCGAAUAGUACGAACAAUAACAUCAAAAGAAACGAAAGCGAAGAGGAAACGCAGAAAGGCGUCGGGUCGGUGCAUUUAAUUUUAGGACCCAUGUUUGCCGGGAAAACGACGCGUUUAUUAGAGCGAGUGAAACAGUUGGAAGAGUCCGUGAGCGCGAACGUUUUGCUCUUAAAGUCGGACAAAGAUACGAGGUACGCCAAGGAUAAAGUAGUCACGCACGACGGGAGAGGGAGAGAGUGUUUCCCGGUGAAGUCGCUGGAGUUGGAGGUGGUGGUGAAGACGGUCGGGGAACGGAAAUGGAACGAGUGCGACGUCGUCGCGGUGGACGAGGCGCAGUUUUUGACGAAUUUAUACGAGUUUUGUCGAGUCGCGGCGGACGAGCACAAUAAGAUUGUUUUAGUCGCCGGGUUGAACGGCGAUUUCAAAAGAGAGACAUUCGGUGAGGUGCAAGAGACGUUGCCGCUGUGUGAUUCGGUGACGAAAUUAACCGCGAAGUGUAAGUGCGGACGACCGGCGUUGUUUAGUAAGAGAAUCGUAAACGUCGGGGACGGGCAGGAGUUAGUCGGCGGCGCGGAUAAAUAUUUGCCGGCGUGCAGACGAUGCUUUCUAAAUUAA